GCGGGAGGGGUGAAGGUCAGUGUGGGCAGGGAACAGAUCGCACGCUGGUUUGGGGUGGAACGGGGCGCGCUUGGCUUUGAUCGCAGGUUAACGGAUAGGGGAGCCCGCCCAGUGCUGAUGCAGCGGCGCUUUCCUGGAGAGCCACUUGCAGAAUUUCCACGUGCAGAGCGGGAGUUCUUCUCUCAGUCUAGGCGCUGCCGGGUGUGUUAGCUCGGGAACUCUUGGCUGCUAGCCCGAGCCGGAUCCACGCUGCUGGGCGCUUCACCCGCGGCGUGGGGGAAGAAGGACAGCCUCCAAGUUUCCUGACCGUCCCUCCCCGCCACCCCUGGGAGCUGCGGUGAGCUGCUGAACAAAAUUUGGAUCGGGCGGGGAUCGAUCGGUUUGCUGCUGCUGCUGCUGCUGCUGCGGCGGACCACCUGGGGAAGCUCUGCUCAUAGUUUGGACGCAGAUCUCAGUCCCUGCACCAGAGUGGAGAACGGAUCCGGGGCGUCUGCUGUUUGCCGUCUGUUUUGGCAGCGCUGCAUCCUCUGUUGAGUGCCUCGGCGGCUAAUAAUUAUGAUUCAACAUUGGUUGCCAUUGGUGUACUAGGUGCCGUACAGCUUCUAGGCGCACUUCCUUGCCCCUCUUCAGUCGCGGGGCAGAGACACGCCACGCCAAACCAAAGAUGCUGGCGCGCCCCUGGUGGACGUCUACGGUGCUGCGGCUGCUGUUGCUUCCCGUCUUCCUCGCUGCGCGGGGCGCGGAGAGUGGGUGCGCUCAACUGGGACGGUGCUGCGCGGGCAGAAGCAUGGCCUGCGUCAGCGCCGGCUGGAGACCAGAUGGCUCUCACGGGCCUUGCUACUGUGACCAGGCCUGCCCUUACACCUUGGACUGCUGCCACGACUACCCGCAGGUCUGCCCAGUGGUUUCCUGUGUGGUCUCUGUGUGGAGUGACUGGAGUGGCUGUGCAGAGCCUUGCAAGGCAACGUACCGGGUUCGAAGGAGGCACAUAAUCCAGGAACCAAGAAAUGGUGGUGAAGCAUGUCCUCCUCUAGAGGAGAAAGCUGGUUGUUUAGAGUAUUGGACUCGGCAAGGGACAGAGUGUAAGCAGUCCUUAGUCCCAGCAUUAAUAACCACUGGAGGCUAUGGGAAAGGGAGGAAGAAACGUGCUGUAUCCCAUGAGAAUGAAAGAGCUGGGUAUUGUGUUGAGUUUCAGCUCACCGCCAUCACAGAAGGCUGUCUGCAUGGGAACAGCUCCUACACCCACUGGAUGAAGUAUCUCAGUGAAGGGCACACGGUGUGUGUAGAGUGCCAGCACCCGGCCCUGGAUUCCAGGAGUCUCCAUUGCUCUGGGGAUGGCAGUGGCGCCAAAAGGAACCAGCUACUUCACUGGCAGGCUGUGGGGAAUCCAAGAUGCAGAGGAACCUGGAAAAGAGUUCGCCAGCUGCACACUUGCUCUUGUCCAUCUGUUCACAGCUUCUUGUUUAUCUGAUUCUCAUCUAGUUGUCUUCCUGCCUCGAGCCUUUAUUUCCUUGGUGAUUCACAUUCACAAAGGUCUGUGAACAAUCACCCAGCUGGACUGAUACGUUCUGAGAUCAGAACACUGUUGCUUUAAGGAACAGUGGCUGCAUGGCCCCGUUUGGAAGGGAGAGCGGUCUGUGCUGCAUUGUGCAGAGUGGGCCAGAGCGACUCUCCCUGCCUAAAGGCAGGGAAAGCCGUUUCGGCCGUGCUGCCAAUGCAACGUGGGCCCAUCUCUCUCCUAAAUGGGGCUGUGCGGCCCCGUUUGGGAGGGAAAUCGAUCGGCACCGCUGCAUUGGCAGUGCGGCUGAAACGGCUCUCCCUGCCUUUAAGGCAGGGAGAGUUACUCUGGCCCACGCUUUCAACACUGCUUGGGACCGUUUGGGACCAAAAUAAAAUACCCCCUGUGUCUGAGGCCACACUUGCGGCCCCUGAUUUGUGGCAGCCCGGGUUCUUUGAACCUGUUCGCCCAAUGGUGGUGCUGCCCCUGGUUCCUAGGUUAAGUUGCUUUAUUUUAAAGACUCUUGAGCAGCAAGGUUUAGAGUGACUUCUCUUUAAGAGAACCUAGACAGGAAGGUUUGAGUCCUGCCGUGGAUUCUGUGCAAGCAGAGAAAAAGUGCUGAAUGUGGCAUUAGACUGACACAGACCCCAUUGCCCUUAAAACAACAAACCAACCCUAAAUGCUUUAGCCUCUCAUUGUAGGAAAGGUGCUUCAGUCCCCUGAUUAUUUUAGUUACCAUUUUCCAGCUCCACAACAACAUCCUUUUUUGAGACAUGACAACCAGAACAAUGCCUAGUAUUCGAAUGGAAGCUACACCAUGGAUAAGACCAUUAAAAUAUUGAUUCCUUUAUCUUUGAUCCCUAGCAUGGAAUUUUCCUUUUUCAGAGCUGUCAUGUGCUGUGUCAAGAUUUCUAUGGCGCUAACUGUCCAUGAUCCAAGAUCUGCUAGAAGGUCUGAUCAGAAUUGCAGCCAUGUGGGGAAGAGGGUAUUUAACCCUUUCCUGCUGUGCCAUGGUUCCCUCAAAACUUGCUUCACUGAAACCAUUGUUAGUCCCAGGGAAGAAGCUUUGUUGAUGUCAGUGGUGGAUUCCCUCCCAGAACUAAUAGUUUCAGAGAUGAGGAUUCUCAUUGGGACCGUGGCACAGCAGGAAAGGGUUAAUGCAGGGAUCUCCUGCUGUUGUUGGACUACAGCUCCCAUCACCCCAGCUGCAGUAUAUUAUGAUUGGGGAUGAUGGGAGUUGUAGUCCAGCAGUGGAAGAGCCAAGGUUCCCUGUCCCUUGACUAAUGUAUACACACCCUGCAUGUCUUCUCCACUCUGUAUCACCACCUGCCCAAACUGCUUUUCUGUCAGGAUCUAAAAUGAGUGUGACAUUUCUAGUUUUGUCCCCCCACUCAUAGUGGUUAGUGUUGGUGUUGACCAAAUUCAGUCCCUGCAGAGCUCAUGAAUCGCGGAAGUUUAAGGAAGCAAGACCGGAACACCUCAGAAUGCAGCCGGAAAUGGAAGUUUUGAAAGUGCUACGUCCCAGCAGCAGCUACCUGUACUUGGAGAAGCUUCUCCAACUUAUGUCUCCAGAUGUUGGUCUACAACUCCCAUCAUCCUCAGCCAUAAUAGCCAGAGGCCACUGGGAGGUAUAGUCCAAUAACAGCUGGGGACCCAAGUUUGAGAACCCUUGCCCUAUCCAUUUGACUUGAUUUGGGUUGUUGAUGGUUCUCCCAUGAUCACUUUCAGCAGUGAACAGAGGUGCUUGUGGGCUCACAAUCUGACAAGGGAUCUGGUGGAGGCACUUAUUGUAUGACCUAGUGCCUCCAGAUGGGGCCUAUCAGGGACACUAUAGUUAGUACAGUUCAUAUAUUCAUAGAGUUUGAAAAACGGCCAACUCGGUGUAUACUCCAGGUAGUGGUGAAUACCCAUGAAUUUGGUGAAUAUCCGUAUGUUUCCUCCAUCCCUGCUGAAUUGCAUACCUUGCAGGGAAAAUAUUUGCAUGAGCUUCCCAAGAAUCUGAACAUUACUUUUUCUGUAUGAGUAAAUUGAGCUUAGGGGCCAUCUUCAAACAAGUGGAUUGCUCCCAUUUGAAACUGGUACAGUCCUGUAAGAGGACUCUGCUGCAUGCCAACCUGCUUGAUUGAAUUAGACUCUUUUCCUUCUCCAUGCAAUUGAUAAGAGAUGGAAUCAACUUCACAGAAUUGUGAAAACCAAAAGCAUAAACAUUUGAAAGCAUCUGCUUGCUAGAAGUAUAUAUUUUAAACUGGUGAAUAACUAUACUAGUUUCCUGCAGGAUCCUCCCAGAAAAUCCAUACAGAGAAUUGGUUCUAGCUUUUUAAAUUUGAUGACAAGUGCUGUGAUGCGAGAAGCCUGCAGUCAACAGAAUCAGUACUGCAGUCAAGUCUAGCAAGACAUUCCAGAAGAGGGCAGCAGUCAUCAGUGGCAGCUGUGAAACAGUUGUACAAGCAAACCCCUUACGGUUUUGGUUUUUAAAAAUAAAGGGGAAAGAGUGUAUCGAAUGUAGGUAUUAAAAGGUGGGAAGGAUAGACACUCCGUUAACAGGGAAGGUUCUUAUGAAUUUCCUCCUACAAGAAAAAAACAAAUAUUUAUUAAACACAGAGGAUUUACUACCUGUUCCAAUAUGUAUGUGUCUGUUUAAACGUGGAUCUUAGGAGAAAAUCCCAUGAGAAAAGCUGGGUUUAAAUGCUGCUUUAAAAUGGCUUUCUACUAUAAACAAGAUAGUCAGCCUCACACGGAAUGAACAACAAUAUGUUUUCUGGAGAUGACAGCUAUUCCCAUGACAACAUUGUGACCUCUUUGCCAUUGGCUGUCAAUGAGAGAACAGCUGCCACCAUGAAUGGAUAGAGCCCGAAGCUUCAGUCCAGUUCUGCAUUUGUGAGGCACUUGCUUUUCAGUAAUGGACAGCAUCUUGAUAUUGUGACCACUGUAGCCCUAUUCAGACAUCAUGUUGUACAAGGGUACAAUGUCUGUACACUGGUUUUUGUGUGAAUGAGUGUACCUGUGUUCAUUUUAAAAAUGAACCUGGAUACAGGCCCCUCAAAGGCAUGGUACAAUAGGAAGGGUACUUCUGUACCUGCGUUGGACAUAACAUGAAUAAUUGUACUUUUUUGCACAGUACACUUGUACAGUGUUCACUGUACACUUGUACGAGCAUUCCACAUAAUGUCUGAAUAAUGUUUGGAUGUUAUCUGUAAGUCAUAUGAUGUGCAGCUGUCCUGUGGUCACAGCACAGCAUGAAACAUGUAAUAGAUUCGCUUGUUGCAUGUGCCCCAGACUGCUUAUAUUUUCUUAUAUUUGAAUAAAACAAUGUAAUGAUGAUGAAAUAUGCAUUUUCCACAAUACACCAGCUUUUUUUU